GAGAGAGAGAGAGAGAGGAGGGGGAGCGAAAGAGAAAGGAAUGAUGCUGAUCUCUUCACGCAGCACAGAGGAUGCUAUCGAUCAGCCUCGCACAUCCUCGCAAUUUAGCGGCCAAUGCACGUACGCGCGUAAAAAGUCCCCCACCUCCUUCAACGCCGAGGAUGUGGCGCCGAUCAAUACACCCCACCGCGCCAAAAAAGCUCACCCGAAAGUAACCGCUUUUGCACCUCGCAGGUAGCGCCCGUCUUGGAAACGUUUCCGAUGCAGAACUCCGCACCAGCGCACUCCGGGAUGGUGAGCCACUGUCAGCCGACGUUCGGCGACUUCACGGCCGUGCACGGCGUCGGCCGAGCGGACACGUGGGCGCGGCGUGGCGUAGCCACCGGCUUCGGAGGAGGUCACGUUUACCACCACCACCACCACCACCAGCAGCAGCAGGAAAACUCCAGCGCUAAGCUCCCGGGUGACUCCCCCGCCACGCCGGGCGUAAAAACGCAUGUGGCCGCUAAAGCUCCACGCUCCUGCUUCACGUUCCCUCCGAUGCAAGGUCACGCCGGCUACAGCUUAGCAAAGAACGCCGACGCCGAGCUGGGGGCCACCCAGGGCACAUUGAUGCCAUGUGGGCAGAGUUUGCCGCUGCCCUUGGGGGGUCACCCUGGGGGACUUUACCCGCAGAGCCUCCAGUGUGACAGUCCUGCGCCUGAUCUUCUUCUGCAGGACGGCCCUCACCAGGACGCCAGGUCAUCGACUUUUCAGAGGACCCCGUCCGGGGCCUCGCCUGGCCUGAGCCGCGGCGGUGCCAACGGGGCUCCUCCGUCGGCUCUCCCGUAUUCCAUCAAGGAAGAGGAUGCGAUGGGCUACACCGUUUCGAGCAUGGCGCCGGCGAUCCAAACCGGUUUUCACGAUUCGCGGUCCGGCAUGGUUUUGAGGACGUCGAGGGACGAGAUGGCGCACGGCGGCGACGGCGGCGGCGCGUGCGUGGCGGAUGCGGCGCAAGCCUUUAAUAAUGAAGACGGCUCCUCCCCGUCGGCUUUGUCCCCGACGAGCUCCCGUCAUUCGGCGCGUCAGCUCGGCACCGGCGCUCUGAAAAGACGUGGCAUUUCGCCGGCCUCGCAGUCCGCCGCCGCCGCCGCCGAUUCUCCGUCCGCGAGCGGGACCGCCUCCGAGGAGAUCGACAUCGCCGCCGUCAUCUGCGCCCCCCCGCGGAUGUCCACGGUGGCUUGCGUCAACGGCUUCCGCGCCAACCUCUCGCCCGGCCACACGAGCGGCGGCAGAUUCUCCUCCUCCUCCUCCUCCUCUUCAUCCCCGCCGAAUAUCCCGUGCUCUCGGGAACCCCCCCGCAAACCCACGCAGCACCGCAGCCCCCAGCGCCGCUCGCUGCAGCAGAGCUGUCAGCUAUCAAACUCACCUGCCACCUGCCUGCUGUCCCUGCCCUCUUCCUGCUCCUCGUCCUCGUCGUCGGUGUCUUCAUCGGAGCCGGAGCAAGGUCAGGGACAGCGCGAGGAGCAGGGCUCCAUGCGGCUGGGCCGCGGGGCCGCAGGGACCCCCCUGGGGAAUGCAGGGGGGGGCGGAGGAGGCUCGUCGGAUGGCUCGGGGUUAUUCGUGCUCAUGUCGGGGACCCAAAGAUCGGGGGCCGUCACGGGGGCUCUGCUGGACAUGAGCCAAAGAUCGGGGGCCACCCUCAAGCAGGAGCCCUUAGAUGACUUCACCCCCAGCGACGAUGAACUUUUGCAGCACCGCUACCACCAUCACUUAAGCGGGCGCAAUGGGCACGUCCGACACCUCCAUCAACACCCUCGCGCCGCCAUGCCGCCGCCGUACCACCUGCACCAAUAUGCGGGCGGGGGCCUUCCGAAUAGCCACGCCCACCAACAGGCACCGGGAUCGUCGCUGGGACUCAAGUCGUCGUCGUCGUCGUCCGGCGGCCCCCCAGAGACCGAGGAAGUCGGGCUCACGCCGGCCGAUAAGCAGUCGUGUCGCUGGAUCGACUGCAGUGCCGCCUACGAGCAGCAGGAGGAGCUGGUGAGGCACAUCGAAAAGGUCCACAUUGACCAGCGCAAAGGCGAGGACUUCACCUGCUUCUGGGCCGGAUGCAUCCGCCGCUACAAGCCCUUCAACGCCCGCUACAAGCUGCUCAUCCACAUGAGGGUUCACUCUGGGGAGAAACCCAACAAGUGUAUGUUUGAGGGCUGCAACAAAGCGUUUUCGCGUCUGGAGAACUUGAAGAUCCACUUGAGGAGCCACACGGGGGAGAAGCCGUACCUGUGCCAGCACCCCGGCUGCCAGAAAGCUUUCAGCAACUCCAGCGACCGCGCCAAGCACCAGCGCACUCACCUGGACACGAAACCAUACGCGUGUCAGAUCCCCGGCUGCACCAAGCGUUAUACCGACCCGAGCUCCCUGCGCAAGCACGUCAAGAUCCACUCGGCCAAAGAGCAACAGGUGCGUAGAAAGCUCCGUCCGUGUCCUCACCUGGAGCAGGACGUGCUGAGCGACUGUCUGUCCAUGCAGCACCUCCAGACCUCCAGUCAGACUCAACUUCUAUACAGCAGCAAGGACGGCUGCGCUCCAGGGCUGAGCCAAGACGUUUUUUCAGGCUUGUACCCCGGCGGCCCCCACCACCACAGCGCCUCCGCCGAGCUCCUCGCCACCCCCGCCGCCGCCGCCGCCAGCGCGACCGCCGCCGAGCUGCCCUCACGACAGCACUGCCUGGACCCGGACCUCAACGGCACGCGUCAUCUGUCGCCCAUGGGGGGCAACAGGGACGGGGUGUCGGGUCCACUCCUCUCUCCGGGGAUGAAGGGAACAGCAACCCCCCCACCCCCUCCGCCCCCUCCCGCAUUGGAGAAGCAUCACGUCCAAGCCCAGCACAAGCCCUUCUCUCACUAUCACCACCAUCAGACCCCCAACAACGAAUUCCAAGGUAGCUUCCAGAGCUGCUUCCACUUCUCGGAUUCCUUCUGCAUGGAGCAGACGGUGAACGGUGGCGGCAAAGAUUCUCACGCCUACGCUUCCCAUCAGCACAAUGGCUUCCACAUGGCCACCAGCAACUCUCUGGGCCCCGCAGGCUUCAACUUGAGUCAGGAGCUGCAAGGUGGCACAGAGUGCCAGUUCUCCUCCAGUCCAGAGGAGGGCGCCUACUUCCAGACGGGCAGCUUUGAGCGCAGCCUCAACCACAUGUCGUCAGUGUACUCCGAGUCGUAACCCAGAUAUCGUAUAGAGUAUUUAGAACUCGCCAUUAUCACGUCACACGUACCUUUCCAGUGGCAGAGGCGGAGCUUUCCACUUUUACAACAAACGCUAAUUUUGAUUUUAUUGUAAGUAUUUUGAAAAAAAAAACACUUUUGAGAUAUAGCUGGUGAAAACUUUCCAUCCUGUUUGCUUUAAGUCAUUAGUAUUCACUCCGCCUUCUUUUGAUUGUACAGUGAACCCCCGCGAUAAUUGACUCGCAAUAGUUAUCGAGACUAUAUUAGGGGAAAAAAAGCUUAUUAAAACACAUCGUAAAGAUAUUUGAACACCCCGAAUUGCAUAAAACUAUAUAGCAAAUAUAUGUUGACAGUGUACAUGCCUGUGCCUUUGAGAGGCGGGGCCUCGCUGGGGGAGCUCAGACGCAAGUCAACAUGUAACUCAGUAGAUUACUUUGGUGACAUCUGGUGGCAAGGAAGUAGUGGAGUGAGUUGAGGAGAUUCAUUUUGACAAAAGUAGUUAUUUGCUGCCGUUAGGUGGCAUGUAUAGAUCUUUACAGUUAAGAGCAUUAUUACACUUGUCAAUUAUAUUCGCGGGGGUUCACUGUACCAAAGAAAGCUAACCAGGAGGGUUUGUGAGAAAGGCGUUGAACCAGUGAAUUCUCCAAAUUCCUUUCACAAUCACUUUUAUUGAUCCAAUAGAAAGAGAAGAAAUGGAUUUGGUGACCCUGCCGCAACAAUGUGAACAUUUCCUCUCAUGCGUUUUUGUGAAAACAUCAUCUUGUAUUGGUCAUCUGUUUUCAGAGUGAAGCACAGAAACAUGCGUAUCAUGUUGCUCUGUUGUUUUAAUAACGGGGGUGAAACAAUGUUUGCAUUCCUCCGUUUGAUUUUGUGGGUUUGGGUUUGUGUCCUCGCUACAGUAAUGCGGAGCAAACCGACCCUCUCUGUAUAAAUGUACAGAUUUCUCAAAACACACUUUAGAAUGUUUGCCAUUUUCUCCAUUCAAGAAAUAAUAAAUAUAUGAAUGAAACAUGU